CCACUUCCGGUGCGGUCGCUUUCUUUCUCUCCGGAUUUUGUAGCGUGACCGACGUUUCGCGUCUCUUAAGACUUAAAAAUGCGUUAUGUGGCCGCUUACCUCCUGGCUGUGCUCGGUGGGAACACAAGCCCCUCUGCUAAAGACAUCAAAUCCAUCUUGGGCAGCGUAGGAAUUGAGGCUGAUGAUGAACGCUUAAACAAGGUUAUUAGCGAGCUAAAUGGAAAAGACAUCAAUGAAGUCAUGAACUCUGGCCUCUCUAAGCUAGCCUCUGUACCAGCAGGUGGUGCUGUGGCGGCUCCUGCUGCCGCUGCUGGUGGGGCCGCUGGAGCUUUGGCUGCACCUGCUGCUGUGGAAGAGAAAAAGGAAGAGAAGAAAGAGGAGUCUGAAGAGUCAGAUGAAGAUAUGGGCUUUGGACUGUUUGACUAAUCUGCUUUCUCUUUUUAUCUGAGUU